AAAGCAGAAAGCAGACAAAGUUGAAUAUUGUACUAGUCUCCAAAACAAAAAAAAUAAAGUUGGACCGUAUAGAGUAUAUUUUUUUCCACAUAACUAGUAUGUAUUCACAUUAAGUUCAUAAAAAAGCUAGAGUAGUAAACCCUAAUAUCUUCUUCACUCCUCCUUCCUAGCUCACUUCUUUUUCUCACCUCAUUUACUAAUUUUUAGUAAUAUAGCUGGCUGCUAGCUAAGCUCUUGUUUGAAUGUUUUUGUUAGAUCGAAGAGAUGAAAAGAUCAGGCUCUAAUAAUGAAAGAGAAGAAAAAGACACUAGUAAUAUAUUCCCAAUAUACUCAUCAACUCGAUCUCAACAAGACAUGUCUGCUAUGGUUUCUGCACUCUCUCAAGUCAUUGGUAACUCUUCUUCUUCUGCUGGUGGUGAUUCCUCCGUGGACGCCGUGCAUGUUGAUCCACUAACCCUAAUUCCACAAUCUACUCAGCAAAAUCAAUCUCAAUCGUCUAUUCAAGAUCAAGGGAAUUCAGAAAGAAGGCGGUAUAGAGGAGUUCGUCAAAGACCAUGGGGUAAAUGGGCAGCAGAAAUUCGGGACCCAAAAAAAGCAGCUAGGGUUUGGCUUGGUACUUUUGAAACUGCAGAAGGUGCAGCACUUGCUUAUGAUGAAGCUGCUCUUAGAUUCAAAGGAAACAAAGCUAAACUCAAUUUCCCUGAAAGAGUUCAAGGACAAUUCCAAUACUUUAAUCAACAUCAAUUUACACCUGCCACGUCAUCAACUAAUACGUUUGAACAGAAUUACCCUAAUGUUCAUCACUAUGCUGAUUUGUUACUUCGUAGUGACAAUAAUAUUGAUUUGAAUUUCGACGUUUCACCAAGUACUUGUUAUCAGUAUUCAUCAUCAGGAUCGUCUUUUGAUAUUUCGCAAUCAUCAGUGGAAUUGCCAGUUUAUGAUGAGCAGCAACAAGUAAGUAUUAAUUAUAAUUAUCAAGAAGAUGAAGAAGAAGAUUUUAUGAAAUAUUCUGGGUCGCAUUUUGGAAAUUCUACUUCAAGUGGUGGACCUCAACAUGAUGAAAGUAAUUGGGAAGAGUAUAAGCAGGAAAAGUAACUUUCAAUAUGCAUGACGAUGGUAUCAGAGCCAGCUAACAAAUUAAAGGUCCUGAGUAUGAACAUCCCUGUACGUGUUUGGACCAUGAAAAAGAAUCAGGCUUGCAAGUGAUGAGUAUUGUUGAGAAUAUAAGGAAAUAAAUAAAUAUGUGUUGUCUCAGUCUAUGAUCUAAUGGUAUAAGCUUAAUUUUAGAAGGGAUAGAGACGUAUCUUAUAUUUUUUUUUUUAUCACAAGGAAAAUUCGCAGCUGCUAU